CCUUGACGUGUCUCUCUGUCUCCUGCAGGUGUUCGCUGACCUCUUUGACCCCGUCAUCAAAGACCGGCACAACGGCUACGACCCCAGAACCAUGAAGCACCCCACUGACCUGGACGCCUCCAAGAUCACCCACGGCAUGUUUGACGAGAACUACGUCCUGUCGUCCCGUGUCAGGACCGGCCGCAGCAUCCGCGGGCUGAGCCUCCCUCCCGCCUGCUCGAGGGCGGAGCGCCGCGAGGUGGAGCGGGUGGUGGUGACGGCCCUCGCCGGCCUGAAGGGAGACCUGGCCGGACAUUACUACAGCCUGGGAGACAUGACGGAGAAGGAGCAGCAGCAGCUCAUCGAU